CAUCCAUCCAUUUUCUCUCUCUCUCUCUCUCUCUCUCUCUCUCUAUCCAUUUUCUCUCUAUCUUCUUUAAUUUCUUUCUCGAACCCUAGCCUCUGAGGUUUCUGAGAAUCAAUCCAUGGCAGGAAACGGCUCCUGGCGGCGGCGGUGCCAAGUACAAGCAGAAGGUCGGAGAAGGGCUUGGGAAGACCAAAGCUGUGGCCUCCAAUGGCGUCAAAAAGGUCAAGGAAGGAACCUCUCUUGGCCUCCAAUGGAUCAAAGAUAAAUACAAUAAAACCACUCAUAAGAAUUAGAAUUAGAAUUCCUUCAUUUUUCUCCUCCUCCUCCUCUGUCUCUCUCUUCUCACUCUGGCUUCCUGUUCUUUCAUCGGUAUCCAUAUAUAUAUAUAUAUAUAUAGCUCAUCUUUGACCUGUAUAUCUUCGUUUUUUCUUUCUCUUGGUUAUACACAUACAUGUACUUCAUAGAGGAUAUAUAAUUUGAUUAUUCUUUUUGUUCAUA